AUGCCGUUCUCUCUCUAUGCAGAUGCUCUCUCCGAUUGGUCUCCAAUGCAUGAGGCAGCGAUCCAUGGCCGUGUGCUCUCUCUGCGGAACCUCAUCAGACAGGGGUGGCCUGUGAACCUUGUCACAGUUGACCAUGUGUCGCCUCUCCAUGAAGCCUGUCUUGGGGGCCAUCCCUCUUGUGUUAACUUACUGUUAAGACAUGGGGCACUGGUGGAUGGUGUGACUACUGACUGGCACACCCCCUUGUUCAAUGCCUGCAUUAGUGGCAAUCGGGAGUGCUUGGAACUGCUUCUGCAGAAUGGAGCCAGCUACCUGCCGAUGAGUGAUCUGACCUCUCCAAUUCAUGAAGCUUCUAAGAGAGGCCACCUAGAAUGCAUCGAAUGCCUGACAGAAUACGGAUGCAGCGUUAACUAUAACAUCGGCACCCUCGGCACACCACUGUACUUAGCUUGUGAGAACAAGCAUAUUGCCUGUGUCAAGAGACUUCUGGAUUCUGGAGCCGAUGUGAACAUAGGCAAAGACCUCGAGUCCCCUCUGCAUGUGGCAGCCAGGAUCUGCUGUGAGGAGCUGGCCACUCUCCUGAUGGAUUAUGGAGCCAAUAUUUACAUCAAGGAUUCGGAUGACAAACGUCCAGUGGACCUGGUGACUCCUAAUUCCCCAUUGGCCCUUAUCUUCCGGGAGCGAGAAGGGCCCCCAACUCUGAUGCAGCUGUGCCGCCUGAAACUCCGUAAGUGCAUUGGAGUGCUUCCUGAACAGAAGAUCAAUUCGCUCAUGAUCCCCGAGGAGCUCAAACGUUUCCUCCUCCACCUUUAA